ACCGCCACCGCCACAACCCCAACCCCAACCCCCCAAGCACCCUAACCCUCCUCCCAUGGCCGCCGCCGCCGCCGCCGCCAUGAUCGUGGCGGUCGUCAUGGCCGCGGCCGCGCUCCCUGGCCCCGCCGCGGCGGCGUCGGGCGUGGGGGUGAACUGGGGCACGAUGAUGUCGCACCCGAUGCACCCGGCGGCGGUGGUCCGCAUGCUGUCGGCCAACGGCGUCGACCGGGUCAAGCUGUUCGACGCCGACCCCUGGACCGUCUCCGCGCUCGCCGGCUCCGGCAUCCAGGCCAUGCUCGCCGUCCCCAACGACCACCUCGCCGCCGUCGCCCGCGACCCCCGCCGCGCCCGCGACUGGGUCCGCGACAACGUCACCCGCAACCUCGACGCCGGCGUCGACGUCAGGUAUGUGGCUGUUGGCAAUGAACCAUUUCUGAAGAGCUACAAUGGCAGCUUCAUCAACAUUACCUUUCCUGCGCUCAAGAACAUGCAAAGAGCUCUAGAUGAGGCUGGCGUAAUGGUCAAGGCUGUUGUUCCCCUGAACGCUGACGUCUACAACUCGCCAGAGAAAACACCAGUGCCAUCUGCUGGGAGUUUCCGCAAGGAUAUCAACACCCUCAUGGUUUCCAUUGUCAAUUUCCUCCAUAGGAAUGAUGCACCUUUCGUCGUCAACAUCUACCCGUAUCUGAGCCUCUACCAGAACGCAAACUUCCCGCUGAACUUCUCCUUCUUUGAUGGUGGUAGCAAGCCAGUCUUUGACAAAGGGUUGGUAUACACCAACGUGUUCGACGCCAACUUCGACACCCUUGUUUGGUCACUAAGGAAAGCCGGCGUGCCCGACAUGAAGAUCAUAGUCGGCGAGAUCGGCUGGCCAACAGACGGCGACAAGCGCGCCAACGUCAAGUAUGCACAGAAGUUCUACGACGGUUUUCUGAAGAAGAUGGCCAAAAAUGUCGGGACGCCUCUGAGGCCCGGUCGCAUGGACGCCUACCUGUUCGCGCUGAUCGACGAGAACCAGAAGAGCGUGCUGCCCGGGCGCUUCGAGCGCCACUGGGGACUCUUCACCUACGACGGAAAGCCAAAGUUCCCCAUGGACCUCAGUGGGAAUGGCCAGGACAGGUACCUGCUCGGGGUGGAAGGGGUGCAGUACCUGCCAUCCCAGUGGUGCGUGUUCGACAAGGACUUGAAGGAUAGGUACAGGGAGCUGCCGGCCUCCGUGAACUACGCGUGCUCGAACGCGGACUGCACGGCGCUGGGGUACGGGUGCUCGUGCAACGGCCUCAGCCAUGACGGCAACAUAUCGUACGCGUUCAACAUGUACUUCCAGACCAUGGAUCAGGACGUCAGGGCGUGCUCUUUCGGAGGCCUCGCGAAGAUCGUGACGGCGAAUGCUUCUCAGGGAGGAUGCGUGUUCCCGGUGCAGAUUCUGAGCGCUUCGGAAAGGGUGGUGCCGCUGAGAGUUUUGGCCGCGUCCUUGGUCCUUUCGGUAGCUGUGUUCAUCCUCAUGUAGGCGAGGCAGGGGAGUGAGCACUAGUACAUCAAGCUGCUGUCAGAAGCUGUUACAUGACACAGGGGAGAGCACCGGAUUGUGAGAGUGGGUUUUUUGCUCCUACUGCAAGAGUCUGUCAAGGCAAAGCUGGUGGGUGAUUGAAGACAGAGUCUACUUUCAGAGGACAGUCUCACAAGGCAACAAGUGUAAAAAAAUCUGAAUUUCCAGCACGUCGAUUCCGAAGCUGACUGCUGAUAUUCUACAGCAGCAAGGCUUCCAGGUUUGUGUUUGACACCACAGCUACCUGCCUGUUUACUGUCCAGUAGUCAGCCUGAGCCGUAUAUGAUACGGAAUGAGCAGCUUGCUCAGUUUAAACUAUCCUGCAUUUGCAGAUUCGAUCUUUUCUGGAUGUAUGAACUGCGAAUGGAACAUGUAUUUCAGCAUGGCAGGCACGGGGAAGGAGCAGAAUGCGUGAUGUUUCUGUCUGUUCCUUAAGUUACUAAUGGAGCGAAAUGCGUGAUAUUUUUAUCUGUUGAUUUUCAGUUCUUGUUCUAAUUGCGUGCGCUCUUUGUCCCAGUUUCAGUUCCCUUUAUCUGUUUUACAAUUCAGAUCAGUUAGCUUGUGGUUUAUUCUAAAGUUUUUUUUUUCAGAUAAGGUUUAUUCUAAAGUAGAACCCAGUUAUUGCUUUUCUAUAUCUUGAUGAACCGCGAGCCCAAAGGAAUGGGCCUACCUACAGUUGUACAGUACUCCUAGUUAUCUCCUGGGCCAAAACAGGCCUCAAGCUCGUCGAUAAUCUCAUUAGAGCCCACAUGGGGUCCCUCCCUAGGUGGCAGUACCUUGUAGCACCAUGUGCUUGGCAGGCUGUCAGCCUGUAGGCACCACCAAAGUGGGACCAGAUGACAGCAAGGACCGGUGUUUUCGCGUGGACAUCCUCUGGUUAUGAGAAAAAUUGCCGCAGAAGGAUAAAUGUUAGGUAGUCGCAUCAUGGCACAACUGGUACAUAGAGACGGGAAUCUUACUUGGUUGGGGACCUGUCAAUUGAGAAUCUUAGACAGGGUAUACAUUCAAAUCAAUGAAUGAUGGGACACAUGUGAUGUGAGACCUCUUAACUGUUUUCCUCGACGCUAAAGAAACUUCUCCAUGGUGAGAGAUGUUUGAUCGAUGUAAUCUUCGAUCUUUGACAAUACGAUAAUUGUUACCGCAUGUGAAAAGAAA